AUGAAACGCAGGUCCACGAUGUGCCUCAUGGUGUUGCAAAGUAAAUAUAUUCCUAUAAUGGAUUCUCCAAGGAAGAAUAAUGAUUGUUAUUUUUACUACUAUUCAACAUGCUUAAAGGGAGAUAUGUGUAUGUUUCGCCAUGAACCUGCUGCUCUGGGCUGUGAAACCGUGUGCACUUUCUGGCAACAAGGAAAAUGCCUCAAUCAACGCUGCAAUUUUCGUCACAUGGAAUUGAGAAAAAACCGUAAGAUUAUUCCAUGCUAUUGGGAGAACCAGCCAGGUGGCUGCAGAAAAGCCCAUUGCCCGUUCCAACAUAAAAUUCCUAGAGAACCUAUUGGACAAGAGCUGGAAAAAAAUAAAGAAUGUGAAAAUGUUGGUGCUCCAAAAGUACGAGAAAGGGAAACCUGGACCAGGCAAACAGAGUGCUUGAAUUUAUUUGCUGUUCCAGUGAUGCCUGAAGGGGCUCAGUUUGAUGAAUGUGUUGGGAGCAGUGACAACGACUCUGCACGAGUAGGCCCUCGUCGUGUGAGCCAGGGAAGUGAAACUAGCUACGGAAGCCCUCCUGUGGAUCCACUUGUGGUCAACUUUGAAGAAGAGUCAGACAAUGAAAGUGUCCCUACUUCGACUCCCACUAAGAAGCCUCAGAAGAAUGUUCAUGUUAAAACAUUGGAGGAGAUAAGACUAGAACGAAUCCAGGCAGAGUCGGCUGCUUUCUACAGCUACAAGGAAAGCGGUCCCUCAUCAGGUGUAAGUGACCUGCGUUCCAGACUUGCUCCACGUAAGCCUUACUCUAAAUCUAGUCAGGACUUUCGUAUUCUUACCUUGGAUGAGAUCCGAAAGAGGAAAGUUGCAGAAGCAAAUAGCGAUGUCAAUGGCGACGAAUGUCUCGAGCCAGUGGAAAAAAGAUCACGAAAUUGUAUUUUAGACUCCAAUUAUAAUGUUGACGAUGGUGUGAAGUGUGUGACAAGUGAUUCAACUAAUCUUACAGUAAAUAAUGUUUCUGAAGAGUCUCUUGCAGAUGUAAGUGCCAAGUGUAUUGGAGAUUCUAAAGAACAGACGCGUAAGAGAGCACAUUCACCUAUUACUUUUAAUGAACAAUCAAAAAAACCAAGUGUCUUAGUUAGUGAAGAUCAUAGAUCUGUGAUAAAUAAAGAGAAUGAUAUAAUCGAAGUAACUGAUGAAAAAGUACCAGGAAAGGAAUUGCCUUUGACUUUAAAGAAAUUUCGUAAACCUCUUCGGAGAGGGCUAAAUAAUGAAGUGAGUGCAAAGGAUCCAACAACACGAGUGAUCCGUUUGAGAAGAAAAAAUAUUGUGGAAAAAUUCAGUGGAAGAAAAAAUAUAGUGAAUGCAGAUUUGACUUGUGUGAACAAUGAAGUGUCUUCUAAAGUGCCUCCCUAUUCUUCUGUGGCGAAUGAAAAUGCCAAUAACAAUAUUAGUGCUUCCAAUGCAGAGAUAUUAAGAACAAGUGCAAGAAUAAGUGAACAAAAUAAUGGAGGUUCAAGUCCACAUACAAAUAGUCUUCAGGACUCUUUAAGUAGUACAAAAGUAGAAAUAGAUACAAGACAACAAGCCCUGGAAGAAAAUUUGGAAUCCAAAGGUGCAGUAAGUUUCCAAAACUCUGUAUGUGAUAAAGCUGUAAAGGACAAGUGGUCAUCUUGCCAUCGGGAUGAUGAACUUUUCUUAGAUAACAAUGAAUAUCCUGUAGUGUUACGAGCCGAUGAGGAUAUUCUUCAAGAUAUUGAUGAAUUAUUAAAAGAUUAGUGUGCAUAAAUUCAUUAUCAUCUCAGUUUCUUUCUUAAUUAGUGUUAACACAAGACUGAUCAUUUGGCUAUUUCAUGAAUUCUGAACACAAUUCCCUCUGUGUUAAUUGACCUUUUAUCUUUACUGUACUUUUGUCAUGAAUAUUUCUUCACUUUCAAGAACAGUUAUACUUAGGCAUUUCUAUAAGUGCUUUGAAAAUAUCAAAACAGCUACACGGUAUUUAGUUGAGAUAUGGAAAUGGUCACUUGCAGUGAAUAAAGGUUUUAUUUUGUUAACAUUCAGUCACAGAACAUAUGUACAGUUUAUUUUUAUUUUUCUUGUUAUGUUUUAAUUUUUAGCAAGAUAUACCUCUGAAUACUUACAUGUAUAUAAAGGACUUUUAUUGCCAUAGUCAUGAAGUGAUAGAAGUAGGAAAUAAGUCAUUGACUUUCUUUUAACAUGCAGAAUCUACUAAGAACAGUAAAUAUAGUACAGAAGCCUGAAAUAGAGACUUAUUUCAUGCAGUAGGCAAGCAAAUAAUGCAAAAGUAGAUUGUAUUAUUUACUAAAGUAUAUUGCAAGCAUUCAACUCAUUCUGUUUUGUUAUGUUUUUGUACAAAGGUUUCUGAAUAUUUUGUAAAUAGCUCUUUGAUCAUGGAUCAAAAAGUAGAAGUGAUGUACAAAUGCCAUACAGUCAGUUUGUAGGCAAACGUAUACGACAAUUAUGCAAGUUGACAAUUGACGACUAACAAUAUUUACUGUGCAUUAUGUAUAUAGAUAUCUCAGGGCUUCUGAAAUUAGAAAUUGCAUAGUACCCUUCUUGAAGAAGAGUAUAUUUCUUACAUUUGUACCAUUCUCUUACUGAGCAUUGUUACAUUUGCUCCUCACAUAUCGCAAUUUUAUGACUACUUAAAUCCUUGUUGCACGCCCUCGGGCAGGUCUUAGCACAAGCAAGGAAAUUCGCUGAAGUAAAUGAGAGUUUACUGUCCAGCGCAGUUCUGAGCUUUCACUCAUUCAUAAUGUGCAUGAGUAUUGUAUUUUGAUGACUUGUAUUUUGUUAUUAAAUUACAUAUAUUAAAUAAACUACUGACAUCUCAGUGAAAGGAAAUUUUGUUUGAAGUCGGAUAACCUGUUACAUUUCCAGGAUGUGUGAAACUGGAGUGCAUUGAGCAAAAUGGAAAUCAGAUUUGUUGUGGAUCUUUCAUUGAUUUUUCUUUCAUAGGACUGACGAUUUGGUAUUCUUAUACUUUAGGUAGGGGUGAAUUUUUGACAAAUACAUAUUUUCAAGUGUUCGAGAAACAAAGGUUUGUUUUAUGCAGAAGUAAAUUUAUCCUAGUUAUAGGGUUCAUUGCUAUUGCUCAUUAAGAUUCCUUAUGUCAUAGUUUUGCAUUUUUAAGUUGAAACUUGUGACAAUUUUAUUAUUCACUUCAAAAUUGAGAGAUUAUUGAAGAACUGAUAAUUGUUACUUCAUUCUUCAUUUUAGUUAUUUUCUGUUUUAAAGUGAAAUUAAUAGGAUUCUAAGAAUUCUGGUGGGUUUUAUACGGCUCAAUUUGAUUGCUUUAAAUUUGUCUCUUUUCACGUAAAGAAUAGUUUUUUUAAUUACUAGGGUGAGCUGAAGGCAACAUAUUUUGUUUUUAAAAUCUGGGUCAUUUCACCUCUAAUUUUACAUAUAAAAAAUUAAUUUAUUGUUGAAAAAGCAUUUAAGAACUGUAUGUGAUUUGUAAGGGAGAAAUACAGGCUGUGCAUAUUUGACAAAUACACUUGUACCUUUGAAUUUCAGUAAUUAAGGACUUGGCAAAAAAAACACCAUACAGAUAAUUAGAACCCAUUUAAUGUCAUUUCAAGGUCAUUAGGGGCAU